GUAAUAAAAACUUGUACUCGUAGAUUGUGUGAUGCCAGUUCGAUCUGCUAAUCCGAUACGCGCAAAAAGUUUGAUACGCGACAAUUUGGAGAAACAAGCCAGCACAUUAAAUUCAUUACACUCCAGAAUGCCAAACAUUAAAGUGUUUUCGGGUACAUCGCAUCCAGAUCUGGCCCAAAGGAUUGUCGACCGUUUGGGUAUCGAUUUGGGCAAAGUGGUCACCAAGAAAUUCAGCAACUUGGAAACAUGUGUUGAAAUUGGUGAAUCUGUGCGCGGUGAAGAUGUGUACAUUGUACAAUCUGGUUCCGGUGAAAUUAAUGACAACUUGAUGGAAUUGCUGAUCAUGAUCAACGCUUGUAAGAUUGCUUCAGCAUCCCGUGUAACAGCUGUGAUUCCUUGUUUCCCAUAUGCCCGCCAAGAUAAAAAAGACAAGCUGGCCGGCUCUGAUGAUGGCGACGUUAAGCUCCGUUGUAAGAACUACGAUUGGAAAUUUAGGAGUCGUGCCCCCAUUUCGGCGAAAUUGGUCGCAAAUAUGCUAUCAGUGGCCGGAGCAGAUCACAUUAUAACCAUGGACUUGCAUGCAUCACAAAUUCAGGGUUUCUUUGAUAUCCCUGUGGACAAUCUAUACGCUGAACCAGCUGUAUUGAAAUGGAUCAAGGAAAACAUUCCAGAAUGGAAAAACUCAAUUAUUGUCUCACCCGAUGCUGGUGGUGCUAAACGUGUGACCUCCAUUGCUGAUCGUUUGAACGUUGAAUUCGCUUUGAUUCACAAAGAACGCAAGAAGGCCAAUGAAGUUGCUUCGAUGGUGCUUGUUGGUGAUGUUAAAGAUAAAAUUGCUAUAUUGGUCGAUGAUAUGGCCGAUACAUGCGGUACAAUUGUACAUGCUGCCGAUCGUUUGGUAGAAGCAGGUGCUACCAAGGUUUAUGCUAUUCUGACACAUGGUAUCUUCUCGGGACCAGCGAUUUCGCGCAUAAACAAUGCCUGCUUUGAGGCUGUGGUUGUUACAAAUACUAUUCCUCAAGAUGGUCACAUGAGAGAUUGUCCCAAAAUACAGUGCAUCGAUGUGUCCAUGAUGUUUGCCGAAGCCGUUAGAAGAACACACAACGGCGAAAGUGUUUCAUAUCUCUUCUCAAAUGUUCCAUACUAAGAAAUAUCAUUUUUUA